AUGUCAGUAGAAGAAAUGAUGGCAUCUCGAAGAACUUUCAUCGUCAUGUAUUUAGGCAAUGCCAUACUUGAUAGAAGAUAUCCUCCCCAGUUUGUCAUGCCUUGGGUUAUGGCUGAGGUGAAACGACGAAAGGAAGCAUUCAAAGAGAUUCGCCUGGAUGUCAUGACCCACGUUCUACGAGCGACCGGCUGCCUAGACAAUACUAUCAUAUUUGAACAUACUCUGCCAUCACUAUCAAAGUUUGCUAAAACACACCAAGAUGCACGCUGUUUUGCAUACCUGACACGUCAUGAUCUUUACUGUGAUUACGAGUGUCAUGUUUUUUUGGCACACAACGAAACUAUGGUACCUGAGUUGUUCUGUAGCAUUCAGGAGGCUACAAGACGAGAUAUUACAUUAGACAUGGUGGAGACAAAAGCUUCAGAGCCAGCAAAGGCCUUCUACGAGGUCAUGUACGUGGGUCGUGCCAAACUCAACACUAAGAAGAUAACUUGUGUCCACAUCGAUGAACUGUGUCACAAACUAUCAGAAAAGGAAAAGGAAAGAAAACAGAAGCAGGACGAGCAGAAUGAAAGACGUCAACGCCAUGCAAGUGGUGCCAGUGUUAAAAGUCUGCCAGCAAGUCUUGAUGAAGUUGUGUCAGUCACAGAGAAUGAACUUGGGGCGCAGAAUGAGCGCCUGAAAGGCAGCACCAUCCAUAUAGAUAGUCCAUCCAGUAGUGCAGAUGACCUGUCUGGAUGUAGUGAUGGUAUAAGUUCUUCUGAAAAUGUGCUAGAAAAUUCAGGACACUUUUCUCAUUCAUAUUCAGCUGGGGGUCUGUCGGGGUCAGGUGAUUCUCGUGAAGAGAUAUGUGAAUUAGUUGCAAGGGAUCAUCUUAGCAAUAGUAACAGUGUUGACCUUGAUCAAGGUCAUAAAGAACUCCAUGUUCAUUUUAGUGAGACCCAUCACUGUGAGUCACCAAGAGACAAUCCCAAUAAGACAAUGCUUUUCUGUUUGGGAGCCAGUGAUAUUUCACUUAUCAGUCUCGACAAGAAGUCAACUAUCCUUGAUCGACGAUUCAAAGACAUAUCUUCAGUCUCACAGGGCAAGGAAAGACCAGAGGUGUUUGGAUUUAUAGCCCGAGAAAAAGGAAAUGCCUUCAUUUGUUACAUAUUGAAAUGUCACUCCUGCACAGUGGUUGAUGAGAUCAUGGCGGUAUUGAGGUCAGCAUUCCAGUCAGCUUAUGAACAAAAUCGCCAACAGAUCUGUCAGAUGUGUCCCCUUCAUCAGUUACAUCGACUCUGCCAGGAGAUCAACAGCCUAUCUCCGCAGGAUGCGUAUGAAUUGCUGGUCAGGAGAAUACAGAACCUGCCAGAGAGGGAUACAGCUGUAGUCUACAAUAUACUCAAGAUGGAAAAUCCACAGAGCUAUGAUGAAAUGGUGGAGAUAGUUAUGAUUGGUCUUAGGAAACUCUGUGAGAACAAACAGAAGGAACACUCCCAUAUAUCAGACAGCAAACUUGUCCAUAAAACUGAGGUAAGGGGAGACUACUUUGUUAAACCACGGACCCAGUUCAAUCUUCUGGAGGGGAAAGGAAAGGCAGCUUUGGCCUUGGACAAUUUAAAGAAUCGAUGCAAGAAGAGUCUUGCUCACUCUUUUGAUAAUUUACUGGGCAGGAAGAAGGAAGAGGCUAAGGAAUCAUUCAGGCAGAGAAGUGAAACAGCAGACAGUGAGAGCAGCAUGACACGCUCAAUGGAUUCUUCUGCCACAUCUACACCUGAGGCCUCUCCUAUGCCAUCACCAGCGUUCACCAAAGAUGUCCAUUUCCAGUUUCCAACGGGCCCCCAAGUUCCUGUUGAAACUUCUCCACCCUCGUCUCCUAAACUAGGACGUCCUCGCAGUUCUACUGUUGGGGCCAUGCCUGAUGCAGCCCUCAAAUCCCGCUACAACAACAAAGGCCACUUAGAGUCCUCACAGGAAGACUUUAAACAGCACGCCUCACGGAGGGCUAGUACCAAUAGUCCUAUGAAACAAAUGUUCCUGUUUGUGGGGAAUGUAUCCAGACGAAACACUCCUCCAUCUUCCACAGAUAAUACCAGCAAUGGGACCCCACAGAACUACACCCCCAAGCGACGUGGGUCCUGGAGACAGGCCAUCUUCAACAGAGUUGUCACCCCUGCCAGAGCUCCUAUCAGCCCUUCUCUGCCUGAGAAGCAGGAGGAGAUUGAGGUGGAAAAGCAGAAGGAGAAGCCACGCCUGAGUCAGCAGGAGAUCCGUUCCCUGUGGAAGAAGGCUAUCCUGCAAACCCUCUUACUCAUUCGCAUGGAGAAAGAAAAACAGGAUAUGAAAGCACGUCAGAGCAAAGCACUAGAAAAGCCAAGUCUGGACUAUGAGGAGAUAACUCCAUGUCUCAAGGACAUUACAAGAGACUGGGAACAGAUGCUCCAGGCCACCAACCGCCACACCAAUACUGUAGAGCCAAGGAAACUAUUAAACUGUGUCAAACAAGGUGUACCAAAGAACCACAGAGGUGACAUUUGGUGGUUGUUGGUGGAACAACACCAGCUUCAUUACCCAGGAACCCAGGCCAACAUGCCGUCCAGGGACUACAAUGAACUGCUGCGUGAACUCACGGAAUACCAACACAACAUUCUCAUUGAUCUCGGCCGAACUUUUCCUGGACACCCAUACUUUUCUACCCAGCUUGGACCAGGACAAUUGAUGUUGUACAACCUGCUCAAGGCAUACAGUUUACUUGACAAAGAAGUUGGCUAUUGUCAGGGCCUCAGCUUUAUUGCUGGCAUUCUCCUCAUGCAUAUGGAUGAAGCUCAUGCUUGGGAAACUUUACGUCACAUGAUGUUUAACCUUGGACUCCGACGACAAUUUCAGCCCAAUAUGAUGCCUCUACAGAUACAGUUGUACCAGCUGACGAGGCUAAUCCAUGAUAAUUAUAAGGAUCUCCAUGACCACUUUGAGGAUUAUGAGAUAGCUCCAAACCUCUAUGCCACACCCUGGUUCCUUACACUCUUCGCUUCUCAGUUUCCUCUCGGAUUUGUCGCCAGAAUGUUUGACCUGUUCCUCAUGCAGGGAGUUGAGGUACUUCUCAAAGUUGCCCUGGUGUUGCUAGGCAACCACAAAGAACUCAUCCUGCAGUGUGACUCAUUUGAGAGUAUUGUAGAGUUCAUCAAGACAACACUUCCAGAAAUGGGCAUCAUACAAAUGGAAAGAGUCAUCAACCAGGUGUUUGAGAUGGACAUCACCAAGCAGCUACACGCAUAUGAGGUAGAGUACCACGUCCUGAGGGAGGAAAUGCUGUAUUCUCCUACCAAAGGUGAGGCUGAUGUCAUCCAUAAACUCGAGGAAGUUAAUCAGAAAUUAAAGCAGCAGAACGUAGAACUACUGGAGAAAUUACAGUACUGUAACAGUCAUCAACGUAGUCUGGACAGCACCAUACACAGUUUACAAACCAAAGAAGCCAAGCUCAAGUCACAUAUCAAGACUCUAGAAAUUGAGCGCAAGGCUCUGCUUAAUGCUGUAACCAAACUAAAACAGCAUGUGUCGGAGGAGGAAUUUCAAAAGUUAGACAUUUGUUUGCCACCAAUGGCUCCUAGUCUGCCAUCAUCACCCUGCCAUCAGCCUGUAGGGGGUGCUAGUGCAGCCAUGCGGACUAUUAAUAACAAAUUAGCAGUGAAGCGUGACACUCACUGACCUGGAUGUAUCAGUGUAGUGAAGUGAUGGAAAGUUAGAUCAGAUGUAUGUGGAGUGGAUGAAGAGAGGAAUGGAAAUUGUUUGAUGAUAUGGUGAAAUGUGAUUAUUUUUCUAAAAAGGAUCUCUUUAGUGUUACUAUCUCGUGUCGUUAUAGCUGUAGCAAUUGUUCUCUCUGGUUACUUCCUGAUUAGAUGUUAUUGAGAGGAUAUUCGGGCAACCGACCAUCAACACCAAUAGUGUUGGUUUCAUCUUCUCGGAUUCAAAUCCGCAAUAUAUUAUUAGAGAAAUUGGAACUGAAACAAAAUUGAUGUGUUCUGUAAUGAAGAAAAAACAAGCUGAGAAUGGCAAACAUUUGUCAUAUUAGUGUCCUUUACAUUUAAUUAUUUAUGUUUCACAUAGUGCAAUUUUAUAUAAAUUUCCUGAUAUUUUCUCUCUUGACUAUAGUGCAAUUGUGUUGGACAGUAGGUAUCAUGCAAGUUUUGUAGUUGUCAGAAGUGAAAUGUGAAACCAUUAAUUACAUAACUCACCAGUGUGUUUGUUGUCUGUUCAGUCUGCUGAAUCUUUUCACAAUAGAAUCACAAUACCUGGCUACUGUGCACAGUGGUCUUUUGUGAUCACUUCCUUAUUGUGAGAUGGGUUUGCGGAUAUAUGCUAACUUUCUGAAACAUGCAAUCUUUGUUGAAGAGAUUCACAUUUUUAAAAUCAAUGAAAAGUUUCAAUUAAAUAGACUUCCCAAACCUACACUCUUGUGAGGUACCUAAUAAUUAAAGGGAAAUAAUCUUAUCACAACUCACUGCUGUCAGAAAUAAAGAUAUACACAUUUUAUUGAAAAAUUGCCCAUUCAGAAAAUAGAGAUGUCCAUACUAGAUUUGUUUACUGUCGGACAUAAUUCACCUUUUUUUUUUACCUAUUGUAUGUUAAUUUUACAUCAAUGGAUUUGUUAAAUUACUCUGUUGUGUUUUAUUCUUUCUUAUCAAUUUGAUAUUGUUUUGAAAUAUUCUGCUGAAUUGAAUGAAUUUGUGCUAUACCAUCUGUUUUAUGCAUUUGAUUGAUUUUACUCUUACAAGUUAUGAUCGAAGGGACCUUCAUUUUCAGGAAAACCUUGUAGUUUUGAUAUUUAUAUACAAUGUCAUCUCACUGUUGAUAUUAUGUGCUGAUGAUUACUCAUUUUCCAACAACUGAUUUUUAUUGUAGGAAAAAUAUUCAAAAUUAAGUUAUUAUUGAAGUUUUAGUUAUAUUUUACUGCAUUUUAGUUCGGGUAUCAUUAUGUAGGACAAGUGGAUUGAUAUUUUUGUCAUAACACCUCGUCAUCCAUAUCUUAAUUUGUCCUACACAUAACUAGAAUAAUCAGUUUCAGGUUAUGAUUUUUUGAUAUAAUAAAUUGGAAUGGUACGUAAUCAAGCAUUUCCUGCUGUCUUAGGAAUAAAAAAAUAUACAAUUUAACAUUUCAUUCACAAGUCAAAAUUUUUAAAAAGAGUGUGUAUGAAUGAUGAAUAGAUUUCUACAAAAUAAAGAUGAUGACCUUUAGACAUAGUGAAAAAAUGUGAUGUGGUACUUGUAUAUGGAAUAUUUUAAUUGAAAUCUAUGUGUUAAAUUUUUUAAGUAUAUUACCUGUUAAUAAAUAAUUUAGAUUAAUUUACUAUCUACAAAACAUGAAGUAGUCAUAUAAAUGGUGUAUAAAGUAUGGUUACUUAGUAACUAUGGAUCAGAAUCGUGACUCGUUUUUGUUGGAUGUAUAGAUGAAUCAGAUUCUAUGUCUAGGAAUGUUACUUCCAUAUUUUCCAGCCUUUUUUGCUCAGCGGUCGGGCAUGUGGCUUACAUACCAGUGGGGCUUAUAUGUGGAUCAAAUGAAAAAAAAAAUAGCUGAAAACAAGCCCUGCAGCGUAUAUUUGGGUGCGGUUUUUAUAGGUCGGAAAAUAUGGUAGUUAUAAGUGUACAUUGUGAUGGUAUAGUACAAGCUGUUAGAUAUUAGGUAUUACUGUUGUAGGUUAGUAUAAGAUUGUGUGUCAGUAUGAUUCUGUUAUGCUUUGUGUAUGUGUUGGUAUGUGAUGUCAUGGUCUCUUUCUGCCGUCCCUGUUACUUGGAUGUUAGUACUUAGUGCUAGUUACAUGUAUAUAUAGUCAUAUCAGGACCAUUAUCAUUUCUAUCAAUACUGCAAUAAUUGUAUGCGCUCCAAAUUUAGCAUGUUUCAUCGUUUUCAGUCUAGCUUGGAUAUGUCGGUUGUUUUUUCCAAACAAUAUGUCAUAGAUCUCAGUUUGACUUUCUUGCAUUCAGUUUUGUAUGUUUACAUGUAUAUAUAAUUUUCUUUUAAUAUUUUGAUUCUUUUCCUUCCUAAACCAUAUUGGAUCUCCCUUGUUUUUAUUAUUCCUUUUUUAAUAUUUUCAUAGUUUACUGCUGAGGUUGUAUCAAUGCAUUUAACAUGCUUAAGUGAUAUUAAGUGAUUUUUUAUGAAUUACACUCUACCAUCAUUGUCAAGUAAGUGUAAAUUAUCAGUGUAAUUUGAUAGUUCACCAUAAUAAUAUCUGUUGGUGCAGAGACCACUUUGAUAUUUUGGGGAAGCGGUAUAUGAUAACAAUAUCUCACAUAUCAUACCCCACAAGGUUUACGAUAACAUCUUAUGAGUAUAUAAUGUAGAGUAAUGAAAGUCGCAAUAAAAAAUUGUCUGUCUACUUACCAAUAUAAAUACAUAUUCAUGUUUAAGAUCUCAGCGGAUGAAAGUGUAAAAGAAUUAAUUUUCUUGAGAGUUUCACUCAAGAAUUAUAAAGGUCGCAAUAAAAAUUGUCUGUCUACUUAUCAGUUUAAAUACAUAUUCAUAUUUAAGGUUUCAGCUCAUGAAUGAGUAAAAUUAUUAAAUUUCCUGAGAGUUUUUUUAAAUUUUCGUUUGGUAACCUUUCUUCAUGAAUUAUUGGUCCACAAAAUGAUAAAUAGUAGAAAAAAAAGACAUUGGUUUAUAGUACAACUGGUUUUGUAAAAUUUUAUUAUCUCAGGAACUCAAGUGCCAUCAAAUUAGUUCUCUUUUGGAAAACUACAUUUUUGACUCUCACAAAGUUCAUGUAUAUGAUUUUUCAGUCCCAGUGAGUAAACAUUUUUUUAAUCUGGAAUGACAAAAAAAACAGAAAGAAAGAGAAAAAGAAACCAAAUGAUGCAUGGAUUUUUGUUUUCAAUUCUAAAAAAGUAAGACAGAUAUAAUUUUUAGUAUUGAAAUGUUUUAGGGAUGUCAACAGAGAAAAUCACUAAAACAUUAAUGAUGCCUGAGACACUGAGAAAAGUUUGUGACAGAAUAUUCCAGGUUCCAGGGUUGACCUGCUAAUCACAGUAAAUCCCCCCUCCCAAACAAAAACAAUGAAAGUAACAGGCAGCAGUUAUGUCCAGGUCACAACACAAUAUACUGGCAAGUUAAGUAUAAACAAACACAAAGUUUUCUGCACCAGAGAAGGAUGGUAAUAUUAAUCACUGUAUCCUAUUAAUUUGCCUGGGAAGUAUUCCCAAAUCAUUAUAUAAAACUUGAACUAAUUACAAAAAGAGAUUUCUGAAACUUGUUUGAAACACUGAUACAUUAACAAAUACACCUUUACAAGAUAGUUAGUGCUGAAUCAGAUAAAAACAUGACACUAUCUACUAUUAUAAUGAAUUCCUAAAGUAGUGAAGAUGUAUGUACAUAUAUGUGUGUUGUCUGCUUCAUUCAUGUGUCUGUUGAAAAGUGAAAGCAAACAUCAGUGCUUACACACUAAAAUGAUUUAAUUUGGAUCAUGUUGGACACAGCAAUACAAAAUUGUCAUGUGUUCAAAUUUUUUUUCUUGUUUGUUUGCAAAACCUUUUUAUUUUGUGUUCAUUUUAUCAUGAUAAUACUCAAAUUCUUUCAAAAGUGUUAACUUUUAGUCUUUGAAUUCUGUUGUCUGUAUGAAAACCUAGGACCAAUCAGGUGUAUAUAGUAAGUUACAUCUCAUAUCCAUUUCAUGCUGUAAGCAUUCCUAAGGUUUGUGGUAAUUUUUUUGAUACUCAUUGGGUGUUCACACUUCAUAAACUAAACUCACAUAAUGCAGAAUUGAUUUUGGACAUCAUUUUGGUGGCUUCCACAAUGUAGAUCUUCUGUUUUAUUGAUCUGUUCUUACAUUAUGUUUAUCAUAAAUUUAGGUCUUUUGAUAUCUUACAAGACAUAUCUUAGAUGUCUUGAUGAUGUUAUGCAAGAUAUGUCUUGAUGAUCUAUGUUAGA